GAUCAGCACACGGCUGUGUAUACACAGUAAUUAGAAGCUCAUCGUAUUUCAUAGUCUGUAGACUCAGGUAGCGCCUUACACUUACGAUUGACAAUGCUGAGCACAAGGCAACUCGUACAGCUGCGCCCAGCGGUGGCCCCGCUGGCGAAGCGAUUCUUUGCUUCCACUAAGGUGGCCAAUGCCGAUCACACUUUCAAGUUGGAUCCAUUCGACAUGCACAAGAUCGAGGACGAGGGACCAUCAACCGAUUGCACCAUCUCCAGCGAAGAAGCCAUAGAACUCUACACACAGAUGACUAAGAUCCGUAAGAUGGAGACCGCCGCGGGCGAUUUAUACAAAACCAAGUUUGUGCGCGGGUUCUGCCAUUUGUAUACCGGACAGGAAGCUGUAGCGACUGGAAUGCACAGCGUUUUAAAGAAGGGUGAUAGUUGGAUCACCUCUUACCGUUGCCAUGGUAUCACGUGGUUGCUAGGUGCCUCUAUGGAGGCUGUUCUCGGAGAACUGUGCGGUCGAAGCUGUGGAGUCUCCCAGGGUAAGGGAGGUUCUAUGCACAUGUACUGGGACCACUUCUACGGUGGUAACGGUAUUGUCGGUGCGCAAACCUCGUUGGGUGCGGGUCUGGGCUUCUACCACCAGUACAAAAACACCGGCGGACUGUCUGUCGCCAUGUACGGUGAUGGUGCUGCCAAUCAGGGUCAGCUGUUUGAGGCAAUGAACAUGGCCAAACUGUGGGAUCUACCCACGCUUUUCAUAUGCGAAAAUAACAGAUACGGUAUGGGGACUUCGCAGGAGCGUUCAUCCGCUUCUAUCGACUACUACGCCCGUGGCGAUUAUAUCCCCGGUAUUCGGGUGAACGGUAUGGAUAUCCUACACGUCCGCGAGGCCACCAAGUACGCCGCCGAGUACGCGCGCAGUGGCAAGGGACCGCUAGUGCUAGAAAUGGUCACCUAUCGUUACGGAGGACACUCUAUGUCCGACCCGGGUACCAGUUACCGUACCAGAGACGAGGUCAAGAAGAUGCGACAGGGAUCUGACCCCAUUAUGGGGCUCAAGAACCGCAUCAUCGAGGCCGGUAUGAUCACUGAGGAGGAGAUUAAAGCCAUUGACAAGCAGGCCAAGGAGCAGGUCGAUGCGGCGGUCGCGGUCGCGAAGGAGUCGCCGGAGAUUGAUGACUCUGGCAUGGUGGACCACACCUACGCACUGCCCAUACAGAAGAUCCGAGGAAUGACGAUGCAUGAAACGUUUACGCCACCGGGUUACACCGCCCCGAUGGAUGUCAAGUACUAAAUAUUCCAAAACAAGUAGCAUAGUAGAGAACACAAGUGUGUUAUUAUGUCUUGAUAGUAGGCAAAAUCCGUAAUAAUAAUAAAAUUACCCAACGAGAAACUUUAAAAUUGGAGUAUGGAUAAGGAUAUAUGAGAAGUGGACGUCCGCAGCUCUAUGGGUUGUCGCUCUCCUUUUUAAGCCUAUUUCUGCCAAUGGGGUACAAAAUCCAAUGAAUAAAAUUGAGACCAGUCACAAGGCACGAAGAAGA